CUAUUAAGCAUGUUCAUAAUUGCAUUCGCAUGCAUGUGAAACUGCUGUAACGGAAAAUUGCUAUUAUAGACAAUUGUAUACAUAUAAUUCAUUCUGGCGAUUCAUACCCAAGAUGUCGGAGUAUUAUCACAAUUUUGAGGCUGAGCAAGAGCAAGAGCGUUGUGCUUCUACAUCUUCUCUUACUAUUUUUUGGAUGAUAGGCAAUGCAUUAGCCUCGAUUGUCCUGAUCAUCUUUCUGACUUGUUUCCAACAUGGGGAGAGGUGUGGGGAUGUCAGGCGAAGACAGCGCCCACGUCUUGUCUACCCUGUAAACUUCCUGAGGAAUUAUGAUCACCGUCUGGCCUAUUUGUUCUCCUUCAUCGCCAUGAGUGGUUCCGUUCUGCAGUUAUUUCUCCGGGGAGCCCCCAAACCGGGUGGAUUAAUAGACCCCAUUGUCAAAGCCUUUGUGUCUGAGAUAUUGAAAUAUAUUUCGAUUUGCUUGGUCGGUCUCAUUUUCUACCCGUUCCCACUUUGCGUCUCCUUUGACAAUAUUCCGAUGAAUGUGGUUGGACUUGUGUAUACCACCAAUUGGUUGUUCUUUACUAUCUCCAAAUUCAUCACAUGUCCAUUCGGGACGGAAGAGGGCGAUAUACAAGGAGCUGUAGACAUACCCGUUGUCUUCUCUCUUAUUGGGCUCGAAAUUUACUUCAUCAGGAGGAUAGUGCGCAUGUGCAGACGAUUUCUUACUGCAGAUCAGUGUGAAAGGCAGUUUGAGGAAACCCACUACUGCGUUCGAGUUCGGUAUCUGUUGUUGCCCGCCACCGCGUGGGCAAGUAGGAACAAGUCAGGCGGAGCAGUAACGACCCUUUUCAGAAUCAUUUAUCCAAACAUACCAGGAUUUAAGUAUUCUACUCGCAUUGUUUGCACAGUUGGUCUCGCUCUUGCCUGCAUGUAUCAAACAUGUGCUUAUUACGUUGCGGCUUUGCGACCCUUGUUGAAAGAAAUUCAUCAGCAUUGGCUGGAAACUUUACCUGCUACCUUUUAUGCCUCCUGUAUUUUGGCAUUUGUCAUCGCUGUCACGAACAGUUUCUUUACUCUGCGUAACUACAGGAACCACACACGUAGUCUUUGGAAAGGCGAUUACUCCUUGACCUACAUACAUCAAACACCCCCUAGAGCUGUGGUCUCGGCUUUGAAGUUUAGUGGAUACACCAUUGCCUUUCUCAUCUCUGGAUUCAUUAUUCUACAAGUUAUGCUCUGGGCAAUAUUCUUCGGACUCAGUCUGCUCUUUCAAUACGGCUUACUUUUGGAGCUGAUGAGAGAAUACUGGGUACACCUUGCGAUGAUAGUUUUUCUCUACAUCGCUCUUCGAAUUUUUGCUCGUUGCGUUCUUCUCCAAGCGAACGAAGAUGGCGCACUUGUACUAAAGAACCUGCACUUGUUUCACAUCAUCACUUUCUUCUUCAUCUUCCUGUCCGUCCUCCUGGGAAUAGCGGGAUGCAUCUUUCGGAUCUUGAAGGCGGCUGUGGUCGGACUCGUACUCAUCGGCCGAGUUGACCAGUGUCUCCUCAUCCGCGGGUUCGAACGCUUCGAUCGUGGCUACAUGGCUUAUCGUGGAUAUCUCACGCUUGAGGUUAGCAUGACACAUCCCGUGCUCGUUACGUUCUGUCAGCUGCUAUGUCGGUCAAACAAUGAAAGGAAGUACAAACCCGAAGGCGAGUGUACCACUGAAAUGGGAGAUUCAGCGGUACCAUCACCAAGUAAGAAGAGGAGGAUCGCCCGCAACCGCUGGCUUGUGGCAUACACUUUGAUCCGUAACCCGCAACUCGCUUACAAGAUACCUCUCCGUGUUAACAACCAGGACAAAUCUUCUGGUUCAUCUGAAAUGAAGACGUCCCAUCUUGUUUAAAGUUGCCGAGCCGGUGAAAGUGGUUGGUUUAUGAGGGAGAGUUUGGCUCCAUAACGUCACCACAUUAUUAUUAUUGCCAUAUA